AUGGAGAUCGUCGCUAGCACGGGACGCGCGGAGAUCGACACCUCCCGUCCGUUCCAGUCGGUCAGGGAGGCUGUCGGGGUCUUCGGCGGCGAGCGGCGCGCCCCGGGCGGUCGCAAUGGCGGAAGCUCACGUGGCAGCAGCGCAUCCAGCUCCAAGUUCAGCGUGCCUCCAGCGGCUUCUCCCGCGUUGCUGGGCUGCCUGAAGAAGCUGGAGGCAGAACUGGCGGAGGCCAGGAGCGAGCUGGCGGACCUCAAGCAGAGGCAGUCGCAGAUGGAGAUGGCCGUGUCCAGCGUCAGCGUACAGCUCGCAAACAGCCUGGGGAUCUUCUCCGUCAGCCUCAACAAAGGGAAGGAGCUCGCCGUGGUUGACAGGUCGGCGAUGGUCGGGGCGGAGGAGGAAUACGGCGAUGGCAGGGUACGCAGCGAUCUUUGGGUCGACGACACACGUGCCGAGGAGUGGAUAGCCAGCCUCGACUACCUGCCGAGCCUCUCGGAGGCGCUGUCCAUCAGGAUGAUCGAGGAUGACUUCAGAAAGGUGAAGAGCGACAAGAAGGCCAAGAAGAAGCACCCCAAGAAGCAGAGGAAGAUUGCGGUAUCACUAGUCCGAGGCAUCUUCUCCAAGAAAGGCAAGUCCAGGUGA